UUGCUCACAGGAUCAUGGAGUAUUUAUAUCACAUUCUGUACUCUCUCUCUCCUUCUCCAUCCCCACCAAAUCGACGGUGACAGAUCCCUCUCUCUCUGCAACUGGUGGUGGCGGUUGGUGAAGAUAAAGUGUGACUAAAUUUAUAAAAAAAGCAAAGUUUUUUCUAAUAAUUGGGGCUGAAUUUCAUCAUCUUUAACCUAAGGUUACAUUCUUACACACGUCCCUUUAUCUCUUUUGUCAUUUUACCCCCUUUUGUGGCUCUCAAAUUCUGAUUCUGGGCAACCCAUUUCUCUAUCUUUUCUGUGUUCAUAUAAAUUUUCAUAGAAUCCCCAAAAAGAAUCCCAAAUUUAAAUGGGUCAGCUUCCUUGAUUUAUUUUCCCUCUUUUCUGGGUUUUUCUUCUAAUUUGUUUAUAUUCUUGCAUUUUAUUGGGUUCAUGCUUUAACACUCAAAUGAUCGAGUAUUCUGAUUGAGUAAUUGAUUUGGAAGCUUGUUUCUGCUGGGAUUUGAGCUUUUCUGACUGUAACUUUGGUUGCAUAAGAAUUAUUAAUUGAGAUGGGAGACGUAGCAAAGGACCUGACAGCAGGGACUGUCGGAGGGGCGGCACAGCUGGUUGUCGGGCAUCCCUUCGACACCAUCAAGGUGAAGCUCCAAAGCCAGCCAACUCCUCUUCCUGGCCAAGGUCCCCGGUACUCAGGCGCAAUGGAUGCCGUGAGGCAAACAAUAGCCGCAGAAGGUCCCAAGGGUUUGUACAAAGGUAUGGGGGCCCCACUUGCUACUGUUGCGGCUUUCAAUGCCGUACUCUUCACGGUUAGAGGCCAAAUGGAAACCAUGUUAAAGUCAGAACCUGGUGCAUCCCUCUCAGUUGGCCAGCAAGUCACAUGUGGUGCUGGAGCUGGAGUUGCUGUCUCUUUUUUGGCUUGCCCCACAGAAUUAAUCAAGUGCAGGUUACAAGCCCAAAGUUCCGUAUCCGGAGUUGGCGCAGCUGCAGUAGCAGUAAAAUACGGAGGACCAAUAGACGUAGCAAAACAAGUCUUAUCAGAAGCAGGUGCAAGAGGUCUCUUCAAAGGCUUGAUCCCAACCCUAGCCCGUGAAGUACCAGGAAAUGCUGCAAUGUUCGGUGUAUAUGAAGCUGUCAAAAUGUACAUGGCUGGUGGUCAAGACACUUCCGGGUUAGGUAGAGGCUCGUUGAUCAUGGCGGGUGGGAUAGCCGGGGCUGCCUUUUGGGGGUCCGUUUACCCUGCUGACGUGGUCAAGAGUGUUAUUCAAAUCGAUGAUUUUAAGGCACCAAAAUAUUCAGGGUCUAUGAACGCGUUUAAGAAGAUAUUAGCUGCUGAAGGUGUGAAAGGGUUGUAUAAGGGAUUUGGUCCGGCAAUGUGUCGGAGUAUACCGGCGAAUGGUGCUUGUUUCUUGGCUUAUGAGGUUACUAGGUCUAGUUUAGGGUAGGGUGAAUUUUUAUGUUCAUGUGUUUUUCUUGAAUAAUAUUACCUGAUUUGAAUUGUUAUUGUUGAUAAUUCUUUCAAACCUUUGCUUCAACUACUCAUUUCUUACCCCUUUGAAUAAAAUUUUGCAUAGGAAUUAUGGUUUAUGUUCAA